AUGCACGCUGCCACACUCCUCCUCGCCCUGGUCGCGACAGUGGUGGCUGUUCCCUCCCCGAUCGCUCCGGCCACAGGAUCAAACGACCUCGACUCACGGGCACUCUACAGCUCUCUCACGUCGCGUGGUCGUGGGCCAGUCACCCUCAAGUUGAGCCGACAGGAGCCGUCGGCAACGGUCAGCCGCCGUGACCUGUUGCAAAACGAGCUUGACCACGCUGCCCGCAAGUACCUUCCCUUCCUUAGUGCGGAGAAGCGUGCCGCAGCCGAGAACCACCUUGCCAAGCGCACAGUUCCCCUCACCAACUGGGCCCGUGACCUGCAGUACAAUGUGGCUAUUGAGAUCGGAACCCCUCGUCAGACGUUCAACGUCGUGUGUGACACUGGUUCGCCCGACCUGUGGGUUAUGGCCGCCAGCUGCCAGAGCGAGGCGUGCAGCGACAUGACAACGUUCGACCCCAGUGCGUCCUCAAGCUACGCCAAUGUCAACCAGACCUUGUACAUUGGCUAUGGCAGCGGGAAUGUCUCCGGCCAAUACGGCAAGGACAUUGUGGCGCUCGAUUCGUCCACCUACUUUCCUCAAGAGUUUGGUCUCGGCAUCGACGUCAGCGUCCCCAACUUCUCCAAGCGCAACACGCAAGGUAUCCUCGGCCUGUCAUGGCCGGUGGCGGGCCACCCCGACCCCUUCUGGUACAACCUCUUCCAGGACGGCAACUUUGACGAAAACGUGUUUGGAAUCUACCUCAAGCGCUCGAGCCUGUCGGCGUCGUCGAACAGCUCUGACGCCAACGGCGGCGAGAUCACUAUUGGCGGUACCGACUCGGCCGUGUACACGGGGGACUUUAACACCAUCCCGCUCCAGAACGUGAACGAGACGUUCUGGAACAUCCCGCUCGACAGCGUGUCCAUCAACGGCGCUGCGAUCAGCAUGAACGGCUCCAAGUCCAUGAUCGACUCGGGCACCUCGCUCAUCUACACCUCGCAGAGCAACGCCGACGAGUUCUAUUCGCACAUCAACGGUUCCACCAUCCAGGACAAUGCGUUUGUGUUCCCGUGCAACUCGACCCACGCGGCCUCGUUCACCUUUGGCGGUGUCGAGUACCCCGUCUUCCCUUACGACAUGACCCCCCUUGUCAACGGCGACCUGUGCUACGGCGCCGUGCAGGUCACGUCUCUCCCCUUUGACACCCAGUGGGUCUUUGGCGACGCGUUCAUGAAGAACGUGUACACCAAGUUUGUCAUGAACCCGCCCGCCGUGGCGUUGGCCAAGCUCGCGGACGACGCCAACAUCAAGGUCAACAAUGCUCGUUGCGGGAGGCCCUUGACUCGCUAG